AUGCCCUUCAACGUGAAAGAUAUUCAAGUGAACUUGGAAGAUCUUGAAAAUGAUUUGUUUGUCGAGAAAAAUGUUUCCAUUGCCAUCAAGGACUCCUAUCUUCCAAUUCGUUGCAACGUCUACCGCCCCCUAGCGACGCUAAAUGGCACAAAGGCUCCUGUCAUCAUGACAUACGGCCCGUAUGGCAAGGACAUCCCUUACAGAGACUUCCAUCCAUCGUCGUUUGCCGAACUUAACCCGGAUCAGAGGUCGUGCUAUUCGGCAUGGGAGACUCCAGACCCAGUAUAUUGGACCAGUCAGGGCUAUGUCGUUGUUCGAGUCGAUGAGCGGGGUGCAGGGCAGUCGCCAGGAAUGCUUGAUACCAUGUCUUCGGAGACCUGUGAUGCUUUCUGCCAAGCCAUUGAGUGGGCAGCUGACCAGUCCUGGUCAACAGGCCGGGUCGGAUUGCUUGGAAUUAGCUAUUACGCCGGUACGCAGUGGCGAGCGGCAGCCAGGGCACCUCGUGGUCUCACGUGUAUUAUCCCGUGGGAAGGAAUGUCUGACUAUUAUCGCGAUCGAUGCCGCCAUGGCGGUAUUCUCUCCAACCAAUUUAUCCGCUUUUGGUGGAACCGACAGGUCGACACAAACCAGUACGGUCGUCCGGGCCGAGCAGCUUCGAAAUGGGGAGAGGAUACGAUCGAGGGGUCACUGUCUCCCGCUGAACUCCAACGGAAUCGACGAGAUCAGACUAAAGAUAACGAAGAGCACUGCUAUCGUGACGAUCCCUACUAUGCUUCUCGCGACUUUAAGUUAGAGGAUAUAAAGGUUCCUCUCCUGUCCGUGGCCAACUGGGGCGGCAUUAGCCUACAUCUACGGGGUAAUGUGCUAGGCUACAUGCACGCUUCGUCUCGGUUCAAGUAUUUGCGUUUCAUAGUCGGACGUCAUGACCUUCCCUUCUACUAUAAAGAGGAGGUCGAGAUGCAGCAAAGCUUCCUGGAUGCCUGGCUGAAGGGUGAAGAUCGUGUCGGCUGGACUCGACCCGGAGCGGUGGCUCCGGUGAGUCUCCUACUUCGGAAGGGAAACGUCGGGUACAACAACGCUACAGCCGAGAAACUAUUCAUGAGGCGAGAUGAAUUAGAAUGGCCUAUUGCGCGGACCCAGUAUCAGAAGUUUCACCUUGCAACCGACCACAAGAUGUCUCUCACGAAACCGAUCUUUUCCAGCAGCUCGAAAAUUAGCUAUGAGGCGAACGGCUCCAUCAAGAACCCGCAGCUGGUUCAAUUCUCAUCUGACCCAUUUGAGCAAGAAGUGGAGAUUACCGGGCAUCCAUUGGCACAUCUGAGUGUCUCUAUCUCAGCAGCCGGAUCGAGCACAACUCAGCCACACGAGAUGGAUUUGUUCGUGACGCUCCGCCACUUCGACCCGCAGGGUAAGGAAAUUUUGUACACUGGAACUGUUGGGGAUCCAGUUCCCAUCACGAAGGGCUGGCUGCGUUGCAGUCUUCGCAAAAUUCGUGGAAACCACCCUAAGCAGCGUGAAUACUUGCCACACCGGGAAUAUUUCUCCACGGACUGUGAUACUCUAGUCUGUGACCAGAUUUACGAGGUUGAUGUCGAGAUCUGGCCCACUAAUGUGGUGAUGGAGAUAGGAGAUCGACUUGUGUUUGAGAUAUCCUCCGGUGACACGGAGGGAAGUGGACUCUUCCUCCACGACAGCCCUAUCGACAGAAGCAGCGAUAAGUUGUCGGGAAUCAAUCAUAUUUGUUUUGGUCCCGACACCGAGAACUACAUUCAGCUUCCAAUCAUUCCCAAGAAGUCUGAUUGA